CUCUCUCUCUCUCUCUCUCUCUCUCUCUCUCGAUUUAAGGUGCCAUUUUGUAUAUAAAUAUAUAAUAUUGCACACAAUCAGGUUAUACUCACCAUCACCUUUUGCAUCGUUGCUCUCUUUGUUCUCCUUUUCCGUGUCUCUUCGAGUAACAAGACUUUAAACAGUCUCCUUUUCAGUUACAAUAAUUAAACGAUGAUGCUUGCGUUGGAAGAUGUGUUGAGCGAGCUCGCUGGAGAAGUAAACGACAGAGGAUUACCACCAGGCUUCCGGUUUCACCCGACGGACGAAGAGCUCAUAACUUUCUACUUAGCUUCCAAAGUCUUCCAUGGACGUCUCUGUGGCAUUCACAUCGCUGAAGUUGAUCUCAAUCGCUGCGAACCUUGGGAACUUCCAGAAAUGGCGAAGAUGGGAGAGAGAGAGUGGUACUUUUACAGUUUAAGGGAUAGGAAGUAUCCGACGGGGCUAAGGACUAAUAGAGCCACUACUGCUGGAUACUGGAAGGCCACCGGGAAAGAUAAGGAGAUAUUUUCCGGCGGCGGUGGAGGAGCGCUUGUUGGGAUGAAGAAGACGCUGGUGUUCUACAAGGGAAGGGCUCCACGUGGUCUCAAGAGUAAGUGGGUCAUGCAUGAGUAUCGCCUCGAAACCGACCUUUCACACCGCCACACUUGUAAGGAGGAAUGGGUGAUGUGCAGAGUGUUUAACAAAACAGGAGACAGAAAGAAUGUUGGAAUCCAUAACCAAAUCAGCUACCUCCAUAACACUUCACUAUCAACAACACAUCAUCAUCUUGAAACUUUACCUUCUCUUCUUGAACCUUCCAAAACCCCAACCAACUUUCCACCGCUACUCUACUACGAUGAUACACACCAAAAUUACAAUAAUAACCUACUCCAUGGAAUAUCAGGCCACAAUGUCGACGAGCUCAAAGCUCUAAUCAACCCUGUCGUGUCUCAGCUCAACGGAGUACUCUUCUCUCCUGAAAACAACUACUACAACAACGACGAAGACGACAACUUCGGCGUGAAGACAGAGCAAUAUUCGAACGGUGGCAAUAACGAUCUUGAUGUACGAGAUUACUUAGAGAACCCUCUUUUUCAGGAAGCGGGUUACAGUCUGCUUGGUCUUUCGUCUUCUCCUGGACCUCGUAUGCUAUAUUAGAUUCUCCAUGUCCUUUAGGUUUCCAGCUGUAGAACCAGGCCUUUGGAUUAUAUAUUCGGUCUUUUGUUCGUUUGUUCUUUUUUAUAUAUUUCAGAUUUUGUAAAAUACUUAUUUAUACAAAUAUUAUUAUUCCUAAAAUCCCAGAUCCUUUGUAGAUAAGACUUGCUAUUUCAAUUUUUAUAGAGUAAUAUGGCUGCCCAGGGAAGCACAGCCUUGCAAGAAAAGCUAUUAGUGGGAGUUUCACUGUUCGAUAUGAUGUCAUAAAUACGAAUGACAUUGUUUUAUCUGUUUUUGUGGAUGGGUACUUAUUUCUGUCUUUAUCAUUUAUCUUGUUACGGGUCCACGCUAUUAUUGAACUGUGAAAAUGACAGUUGGGAUGAGUUGCUACAUUUGGCAGGUUAGAGAGAAUCAGCAAUGUUAAAAAUAAUUUUAAAUUUUAAAUAUAAAAAUUUAUACUAAUUAAACAUACCAGCAAAUCAAAACCAAUCUUCUCUUUAUCCGGACCUUACAGUUGACUCGCUCAUAGAUCCAGUCUCACGCACAUAGAAUUUACAUGCUCUUCACACUUUGAUGGACCCUAAAGACGUGAAAAUAAUUACAAGUAUACCACUGAGUAGGUUUCAGAUGGCAGAUAGAGAUGGAUGACAUUUUUCGAAAAAUGGACGGUAUACGGUUAAAUCAGGUUAUCAGGUGGAGCGGGUAUACCCAGAUCAGCAAUCCCAGGCAGAGACCUACGGACCCACUAUAGACUCACUCAAGUCCUUCUGCUGGAAAAUUCGAUGCCCACCGAAAAUACGACACUUUCUGUGGCAAAUAUUAUCUGGAUGUCUAUCGGUUAGGAAAAAUUUGCAGGCAAGAGGGAUGCAAGGAGAUAUCUGUUGUGCUUGAUGUGGUGCUCCAGAGGAAUCUAUAAACCAUGUCUUUUUUGAAUGCCCACCGGUAAUUCAGACAUGGGCGCUCUCUAAGAUUCCAUCUAAUCCUGCAAGCUUUCCAAUGGAAUCACUCUACGCAAACAUGGAUCAUCUAUUUUGGCGAGUUAUCCCAAAGAUGGGGAUGAUCAUCAAUUUGCGUGGAUACUUUGGUACAUAUGGAAAGCAAGGAAUAGUAAGGUAUUUAGUAAUCAUGAUAUUGAUCCUCGAGAUACUCUCAGGAUGGCCGAGACAUAAUCUGUCCUGUGGGCUGAUGCACAGGUGAUUCCUGACUCACCUGACACACACCAGAGAGAAUUGGCUCCCAUACCGGUGAGACCGGGCAGAUGGUGCUUCUCUGAUGGCUCAUGGAAGGCAAACGAUAUCUUUUCGGGACAAAGAUGGUAUAGCACCUUACAAGGAUUUGAUGGCUUAAUGGGUGCAAGAAACACCAGAGCUAGUCUUUCACCUCUCCAUGCAGAGUUUGAAUCACUAAUUUGGGCAAUGGAAUGUAUGCGGAAUUUGCGGCAGUUUCGGAUCACAUUUGCAACAGAUUGUUCUCAAUUGGUGAAGACGGUUUCAGAACCAGAAGAAUGGCCAGCGUUUGCAAACUAGUUGACAGAUAUAAAGACCCUUAGUACUGGAUUUCAGAGCUCAGAGAUCAUCUAUGUACCAAGAACGCAAAACACACAGGCGGACAAACUAGCACGCAGUGCAAGAACUCAACCGUUGUUCGUCGUUCACAUGGAUGCAAAGCCACCCUCUUGGUUAACAUAGUCUAUAUGAGUCUGUUUUCUUUUAUUGAUGUCCAAAAAAAAAAAAUACUAAUUAAACAUAACAAAUAUGGAAAGAAGUAUUAAAAAGGGAUAAUUU